AUUUAUAUAUAUAAAAUUAUACAACUUAUACAUGUAAAAUUGUAAAUAAUAUUAGUUUAUAGUUGAUAGAGUAUUACACUGCAUUAAUUACAAUGGAAAAUGAACAGAUUGUAACUAUAACUAAUGACUAUAGUGAAAUAAUACGUCUUCCUUUUUCUCGAAAGCUUUUAUAUGGAAUUGGACAUGUUUUAAAUGACAUUUGUGCUUCUAUGUGGUUUACAUAUUUAUUAGUUUUUUUUCAUUUGGUACUUGGAUUUAAUUCAACCUUAGCUGGAAUAAUUUUACUUAUUGGUCAAAUAGCAGAUGCUUUAGCUACUCCUUUUAUUGGUUUUCAUUCUGAUAAGAAUGAUGACUUUUGGUUAUGUAAAUAUGGGAGAAGAAAAACAUGGCAUUUAAUAGGUACCUUAUGCAUACUAUUUGCAUUUCCUUUUAUUUUUUCACAUUGUAUUGGAUGUGAAACUUCUCAUGAAUGGGCUCAAUUAGUUUAUUAUGCAGCGUUUGUCAUAAUCUUUCAAUUUGGUUGGGCUGCAGUACAAAUAUCUCAUUUGUCUCUAGUUCCAGAACUUACACCUUUUCAAUAUGAAAGAACAGAACUCAUAGCAAUAAGAUACAGUUUUACUGUCCUUUCAAAUGUUUUUGUUUACUGUAUUACAUGGACAGUAUUACAUAUAACAAAUACUAAGGAUUCAAAUCCUCAAAUUGGGCCUGAUGAUGCAAAGAAAUUUCAAGAAGUUGUAUUUAUUGGAAUUGGAGUUGGAAUUAUAACAUCUAUUUUAUUUCAUAUCUUUGUUAAAGAAAACUUUGUUAAUAAUUCUAAUAGUCCAUUGCAUAGAAACACAAGAACAGUAUUAUUAAUAUUAAAAAAUGUCCAAUUAUAUCAAGUAGCUUGUAUAUAUAUGCCUACUCGUUUAUUUAUAAACUUAUCACAAAUUUACAUUCCUUUGUAUUUACAUGAAUCAUUAAAUAUGCCAGCUACAUCUUUAGCUACUAUUCCUUUAAUAAUGUACUUGAGUAGUUUUGUAAUGUCUUUAAUUAUAGAAAGAUUGAAUACAAAACUAGGUAGAAAAAUUUCAUACUGUUUUGGUGUUAUAUUAGGUAUAUGUGCUUGUAUUUGGAUACAAUUUGGUACUGGUUUAACAUAUACAAAAUAUCACAUCUAUCCAGUAUCUUUAAUAUUAGGAUCUGCAGGUUCUAUUAUGUUGGUGACUAGUCUUGGUAUCACUGCAGAUUUCAUAGGUCAAAAUGUUGAUAGUGGUGCAUUUGUGUAUGGUGUUAUGAGUUUUGCAGACAAACUUUGUAAUGGAUUAGCAGUCAUGCUUAUUCAGUAUUUAAGCUGUUGGGUCGAUAAUAAAAAUUAUUAUAAAAAUGUUUUAGUUUAUGUUUGUGCUAUUUCUGCAAUAUUUGGCCUAUUAAUGAUGUUAUGUACAAAAUCAUUUCAUCACAAUAUAGCAUAUAACACGUUACAUUCUGAACGUGAUAAUAUAUCUAUUACUACAUCAACAACAGAGAAUGAACCUUCAAUAAGACCAGAGAAUGUUACAUAAUAUCAAAAAAGAUAGUAAUUGAAAUAAUAUUUUUGUAGUAUAUAACAAUAAAUAUUUAAAUAAAU